AGACCUGCCCUUGUCACUGCUACUUCGCUGUUUGUCAAGUAUCGCGGCCACGUGCUAUUCAACGCGUUGGACUCGUGCCACGUGUAAUUCGUCCACGUGACAAAAUGAUAGGGCCCACCUUCGCUUGGAAGAAUCUCUGAAAUAUUUUUUUUCCAUUCUUACCACCAUCUUUUGACGUAAUGCCAUCGGUUGGUGGCAAUAUGGAGAAGAGUAAACAAGAAAAUAGGAGGAUAUCCAAACCCCUGAUGGAGAAAAGAAGAAGAGCAAGAAUCAACCAUAGCUUAUCUGAGCUUAAAUCACUCCUGUUAGAUGCUAUUAAAUCUGAGAGCCCAAGACAUUCUAAAAUGGAAAAAGCUGAUCUUUUAGAACUGACAGUUCGACAUCUCCAGGAACUUCAUCGCAGACAGAGAACUGUUUCUCUACUGAACGAUCCGUAUCUCAAGAAUAAAUUCCAAGCAGGAUACGAAGAAUGUGCCAGAGAAAUAGAACGUUUCGUCGGUAGACUGGACAACGUUAAAUACGAAGUGAAACAACAACUUCGACACCAUCUAAACUGUCGAUUGGACGAGAUGAAAGAAAUAAACGAAACAGAAGGUGAAACGUCGGACAGAGAGAACGAAAUUAGUUUACACGAAAAGCACGUCAUACCCGAGGUACGUCUACUACCUCGAAAAUUACCCAAUGGUGACUUGGCAUUAGUUUUACCUCAACACGUGACAGUAGAAGGACCUUUAGGGGCAUUUUUAAUACAAGGAAAUUUGACAUUGUGCCACGAAAAUCCGGAAGUAAAGAAUCAGAACGAAGAUAAAGAGGAAUGCAAUUCGGUAGACCAGGUGUGGAGACCAUGGUAAUUAAGGUGUGUUAAAAAAAAAAAAAACAAGAGAAACAACAAAUAAGACUCCGCAUCAAAUUUCUAAAUAAUUUUAAUAUGUCAUCAUUACCUUUCUGUAACACAUGAACAGUUGUUUUUUUAUGUAUUUUUUUCUCUUUCUAAUCUGGAAUUUUUAAUGUGGAACAACUAAGUGCAGCUGUGGAAUAGAAAAAAAAUAAAAAAUAAAACUCUUUAAUCUUAUGGAAUAAAAACUAUAGAAUUAAGCAUACCUCUAGGGGUAUUUUGUUUUCCUGAAUGUCACUUUCGUAAAUAUCCAUUCUUUAAAGUGAACAUGCCAUAGAAAUGUCUGAACUGUCUUUAAAAUGAACAUGCCAUGGGAUUACUUGAACAUGACAUAAGUUAGAAUUGAUUUUGAAAUGCCACAAAAACUAUGGCCUUUAUUAAUUAAUAUUUACAGGAUAUUUGUAUAGACUGAUUUUUAAAAUAAUCAGGCUAUUCAGGCCAUGUAGAUAUAAUAUAUUUACAAAUUUUGUAUGGGUUUAAAGGUAUGUCUAGAUAACUUCAACAGGCAAU